AAGAAGGCGAACGCCGGCCUCUCGAAGACUUUCUUCAGCAGAUAUCCGAGUGCAACCACAGCCAGUGACAGUGAUGUGAUUGUUCCACUAUUAAAACCGAGUGAUUUAUCUAAACUAGGUGUACGAUUUUUUAUGGGAUUAUUACAAAAUGAUUCUACGAAAUUUUCACUGGAUAAUUCUGCUCAGUGUACACCUGUUCUGUACAAUCACCGCUCAAAACGACAAAUCGUACGACGAAAAUGACUGGAUACCCAUCACACCUUCAAACGCGGCCAAUCCGAAAGAAGCACAAGGCCGUGUACUAAAUCUCGAAACCCCUAAUCAAAACUUUUUCCCCGAAAAUGAAUACGUAAGGAAACCGGCACCCACGCAACAGUACCUUCGGGAAACAGGUUUUAAUAAAGCGGCCAACACGCGACAGCCUAAACCUGACCACCCCUACAAGUUCGAACCGGUAGUACCUCUCCAGACAGCUCAGUAUGUCCCACAAAACCAGUUUAUUCAACAGCAAGUCCAACCCCAAUUCAUUCAACCGGUCCAGCACUUGCCUUAUGUCCAGCCACAAACGGUGCAAAUUCAACAAGUCCAACAAGAACCUGUCCAAAUUCAACCAAUUCCCCAAAUCCAACGACCGGCUCAGGAACCAACGUUGAACCAACAACUUGUGGCUCCGCCGCAAAGUAAUCAAAAUUACUACAACACAGUGAAAAACAAUCAACAGAAGAGCGUACCCCUUAAUUAUCAAGCCUUAAAUUUGGCCACAAUUAAUCGAGAAUUGCUUGGAGCGAUACAAAAUCAAAAUGUGAACCAAAUUACCACAACUACAACAACCAAGCCGAAAGAGGAGAAGGAAACGAUUCAACUUCUGUACGUUCCACUGGAAAACCUCAAAUCCAGUCAACCGGUCACCCAGCGGGUGACAACACCCAAACAAGUCGAAGCUCCAAGAAAGGAAAAACAAAUUUCCAGACUGGAAAAUCACAGACUGAGCCACCUCACCACCGAUAUUCAAGACGAUUUCAUAAGACAAGCUUUGGCGGCUCACAAACUUCAACAACAGUUGCAAUCAGGCCAACCGGUAGUUUUACAAACGACAACAACACCAAAGCCCAAGAAACGCAAAGCAAAUCAACCACCUUUGGCUGUUUUUAUGGAAAAACAAGGCAAAGCGGAAGUUAAAGAUGUCCUCAACCUUUUAAAAGACGCCAAAUCUAUUUCGGUGCAAGACAGUGUCGGUCCAAAUUCGCCCCCGAUCUUUGUUGGUCCCUCGAACAUCGAACCAGAAGGUUACGCCAAAUUCCCCUUACCAUACCUCUCCACAGUGCAAGGUAACAGAAUCGAAAGGAAAGUUGAGCAAUUGCCGUUCUUUGUGGCGCCUUUGAGUUACAAAACGCCAGAAGGUUACUCAAAAAUACCACUGCCUUCGCCACAUGUCGGUUCGGUCGUGGUUUCAACGAAGGAUCAAUUGCAUGAGAAACAUCCAGAGUAUGUUCAACCUCAAACUGCCCAAAACCAAAUUGUUCAAGAUUUUGACGUCAAGCAACCGUUCCCCGAUUAUAGAGAUGAGCCAAGACCUAAUCCGUAUUUGUUGAACCAAGCGAAUGAAUUUGUUGGAGGUUUUCCAAAUAUCCCUCCUAAUUAUGAUGAUUACCAGAGUGGUCCAAAAGUGAACGAACCUCAACAAGACUACCCACAAACGCCAGUCAAAGAAUUUGUCCCAGAUUAUCAGGACUCUCCUCCGAGAAAUUACCAAACCGAAGAUAAAACUAAUGACGGAAACAAUUUCCAGUCUCCUGAUUAUCAGACCAACGACGGAAAAGGGCCUAAUCAAGACACAAAAGAAUUGAUUCGUAACUACGAUAUUCCUUCAGUUCCAGUUGAAUCCAAAGCAAGUUUCACACCCAAUUAUCAAGAAGAAGCAAGGCCAGAAAAUCAGUACCAAAGUUCCAUCGGACCCGAAUCAAAACCAAGCUUCACACCUAACUAUCAAAAUGACGAAAAACCCCAAAACCAGUACCAAAAUGAUUAUGUGACUCCAAAAGCCCAACCAAACGUUUACAAUUAUGACCAAGGCUCUGUCAGACAAACCACCGAAGCUAAUCCUCAAAACCAGUUCAGAUACCAGAAUCAAGAAUCCGAGUAUAGGGCACCCCAAUAUAAUACUCGACAAGACCCGCUUCGUCAAGGCAUAAACCCAUACGAAAUCCAGCAAAUUAACAAUCAAUUUGGACGGGAAAAAGAGGAAAGACCCGAAGUGCUCCGCAGUACCACUCCUGUCAUUACGACCAAAAAUUACGACUACGAUAUUCCCACCACAACACGUACAAGGUCCAGGUCACGUUUCAGAGGACGAACAACAGCGGCAGCAACAACACCCACAACACCAAGCACCGUUGCAGACGACAAGUACACUGUUUUAGAAGAAUUUGCCAUUCAACCCAAAACCACAACUGCAAAAUAUACAACAGAAGUUGAAACAAUUCCGGCAAAAGUCUACAAGUUGGAACCCGAACAACCAGUUUUUGUCCAAACCCAAGCCCCAGCGAAACACGUACUAAACCAAGAUACGUUAGACCAGCAAAUUCUACAAAUUAGUAAACCACAACCAGUAGCACCAGAACCAGUAGUCUACCACCAGAAUCAAUAUCCACAAGAACAAGAACAGUACCCACCACAUAACCCAUACCUUCCUGGUUUAAUCAACAAUUUGCAAGACCAAGCCGUACGACCGCUUCUAGUCCCAAAUCUUCUGGUCCCUACCACAGAAAAACUAACAACGGUUCCGCCUCCCUCAAUUGAGGAAGUACGCGUAACUACAACUGAAGCUCCAAGGAUUGAAACAACUACCAUAAGACGUAAUCGUGGCCGACAACGUGCUCACAGUCGUUUUAGUACCACCCAAGCACCAAGACGCACAGCAAGUCGGAGACGUCCUAACUACACCAGACCCACAACAGAACGUCAACAUGUGCGAACAACUACUGAAACUCCCGACUAUGAACCCACCAAACGCGGUACCAGUCAAAGACAAAGGUUUAGAACCAGGGGACGUCCAAUACAGAAGGAAGAGCCCGCAACUGAGCGUGUUCUCCAAACAACGGAAACUGGUUUCAAGCAACCACCUCUAGAAGGCGGAUUCCAGGCUUCGUCAGGAGAUCCACAAUCAUACAUGCAGUACGACCACGUCGUCGAAAACCAACAAGUGAUUACCGCCAAACCAGAGGAAACACCUUACAAGGAUUACCACCAAGUGUACAGUUUGCCACCACAAACCCAACCAACCGAACGACCAUUUGAAGAAGUUAGUACUACAUCGAAACCAGUCGUUGAUGUGAAAGUCACACAUUCAGUCCCCGAUAGGAGUCAAGAACCCUCAAACGAAGACCGGUAUGUCCGAGUCCAAUCGGGUGGUGUCAUCCACAACAACAAACAUGACGAAGCAACGCAAAGAACCCCAGCUCGGACGAGGGGACGCGCUCGAAUCAGGUCAAGAUUUAGCUCCACAACACCAAGACCCACAACCACGACGACAGAAAAGUUGCAAAAACAAGAAGAACAAGACGAAGAUUACGGAUUUAUUCGCAAACCAAGCUAUGAAAGGGCGCCGCAAGUCGUGACACAACAACCACUUCAACUUUAUUCCGCCUCGUAUCAAGAAAUUCCUCGCACGAUAAUCCAAGUGGAGGAUGACUCACAUACCAAACAAACGCAAGAUUACGACACAACUUCGCCGGUUCCUGUGCAAUUCGUCGGCCAAAUUAGACCGAAAUACACAACCACAGAGGCUCAAGAACCCUCGACUGAAGCUCCAAAGAGUCGAGGAAGAGUCAGGAUUCGGGUACCAAGCAGGAAAGCAACGUCACAACAACAACAAUCGUACAACGAACUCAAGUCACACAGAUAUGACGAUCAGGUGACUAGAAGAAGCAGUAAUGUUGUGCGGACGCGCGGUCGCGGCAAAUCACAUUUCAAACUGCCUGAGCAGAUGACUGUUAAAGAUGAUGAGCAUGAUGUCGAAGGGGGAAAUUAUCCAGCGUCGUAUCUCAAGAAUAGGGAACUGACAACGGAGAGACCUUCUUCCUUCCAAAUUACAAUUGACCCGUCGGAUGAAGAAGAUCAAGUGCCUCAUUCGUCGCUGUAUAGUCCCCAAAUUAUAAAAAGUACAGAUACACAGUGGGUCGAAGCUACCAACUUCCCGAAAGUCAAUGAACUCGAAACAGAAGACAAGCAAACGUUUGUUACGAUUCAGGAAGAACAAACGACACUUCCAUAUGAGGAAAGCGAAACUGAAACGGAAACUGCUCAAACCGAACCAAUCACCACGACCGAAGCCAUUGAUACUACAACGAUCAAAAUACGCAAAAUUGGGCGAAGAAGGGGAGUUUGGAAAUUGGUGAAACACCGACCGGUGGAUUCCUUCGACACUGCUGAAUCGCAGAACUACUUUUCCGUUAUCAAUGCUUUCGAAAGUGUUGAAAAAGUUAACGAUAAGUUUUCCGAAACUGUGAAACCUACCACCACCACCACUACUGAAGCACCGUCAACCACUACGACUCCUACUACUACUUCUACAGAAAGCAGUAUUUUUGACACACUUUACAAUUUCUUGGGUCUAGCAAGUAAAGCUAGCCAGUUGCCCGGAAGCAAGACUAAGAUAAGUUUCCAAAAGGAAGAGGUUACAACAACGACCGUGUCGCCCACGUUUCCUGAAGAAAUAACAGAGGAAAUAACCACCCAAGAAAUGGGAAACCAUGAAGUGGAAACUUUUGCUCCAGAAACUACAACAACCACAACUACGGAAGCUAGUAUAAAAAAUUACGACAUUGAGCCGUGGGAGGAGAGAGAUGUUAAAACCUCCACUUCGACAGAAGUGUCACACGAAACGGAAAUCUGUUUUAAAGGACGAUGUGUUAAAUCAAAAGAUGACGACAGUUCAUAGUAAUCACGUUAAUUUGUUUAUGUAAAUAAUUUAAUGUAAGCGGAGUGAAUGGAUAAUUGUGAAUGACUGUUGCUAAUUAUGAUCAGUUUUAAAUUAAUGAAAAACAUUUCGUUAAAUUUUGUAUUUAUUAUUUUUUGAUAUUAUACGUGGAACUCAAUAAAUGUAUAUACUUGUC